AUGUCUUACAUGCUUCAGCAUCUUAAAAAUGGUUGGCAAGUUGAUCAGGCAAUCAUGUCGGAAGAAGAUCGAGUUGUGGUUAUUCGAUUUGGUCACGAUUGGGAUCCGACAUGCAUGAAAAUGGACGAAGUAUUGUACACCAUUGCGGAUAAAGUGAAGAACUUUGCGGUGAUCUACUUAGUGGAUAUUACAGAGUGUCCGGAUUUUAACAAAAUGUAUGAAUUGUACGACCCCUGUACGACAAUGUUCUUCUACCGAAACAAACACAUCAUGAUUGACUUGGGCACAGGAAACAACAAUAAGAUCAACUGGGCUUUGGAAGAUAAACAAGAAAUGGUUGAUAUUGUCGAGACUGUUUAUCGUGGAGCGCGGAAAGGCCGAGGUUUGGUUGUUUCACCCAAGGAUUAUUCCACCAAGUAUCGUUAUUAGGAUAUAAAUCUUUUGCCUUAACCCCUUUCAGCCUAAGAUCAGUAUUCAUAUUCUCCAUACCGUUCUCUAUACAUUUUCUUAGGCGUUGAUAAGGAGAAUUUGUUUAGCAAUCAAAAGCCUCUUGGUGAUCGUUUCCUUUAUUCUUGUAACCUUUAUGUUUGAUUCAGGCAUGAUAUUGUAAGGAGAAAUUAGAUAUUAGUCACUCUUAGGGGUCAAAGGGUUAAAUAUUAUUAGUGGACAAAUGAGCUUCUUUCUAUUUUCACAAUAACAUUAACUUUCCUAUUACACACUGAAUUGUUCAGCAUGACCGAUGAGUUCAUAGAUUUUAAGCAAAUUAAAGCUAAAACAGACUGUAGCUGGAAACAGUAACUAAACAAAUGUUUAAGGGUUAUAUGACAGUUUUUUUGCCCGUAGAAUGAUCUGGUUUGAAGGUUUAUGGUGCAUUAGUUUUUCCCCAAUCUUAUAGCUUUCCGAUAUGCAUUUUGGUCCAUGAGUGAUAAAUGUUCUGAGCAAAGGUUGAAGGCAACACAUUUUGUCAAUGAAAGUGAGAAGGAGCCUGGAUAAAGUCUUCACUCUGAUUACUAUGGUUGCUACAGGUUGGGAAAGGCAAAGAAUGUUAAUAUUACUUCUGUACACUGUUUAGAACAGUUGACAGAUUCCUGACCAGCAUAUACUUUCUCGUUUUGAUGCAAGUUUAAGUUGGUUCAUGAAUGAAAUUGUUCAUUUUUUUCAAUCUUCUAUUUCACUGUUUUCUAACAUUCUUAAUUCUUGGAUUCACUUUAUAGACAUGAAAGGUUGGAGUGGUAGAAGUUAGGUUUAUGAAAUUGAAUGGCAAGCUGAUGUUGGCUUCUAAGAAAAUCACUCCUUUUUCCAUGCUUAUACCUAAAGGAAAUAUCAAUUAAUAUGCACUGUAUGUGACUUGCUGAAAACAUUAAGUUAUGGCAAAGAAGAUGACUGGGAGUGGAGGUUGUAGGCCACUACUAGGAUUAGUUUUUGAAACUUUUUAUUUCAGUUAGUGUGAGAAAUUUUACAUUUGUCAGGGAAAAGGCAUCACUAGACAUCACUAGAAUGGUAAUAUUACUUAAUGAUAUUUUUGUGCUUAUUAAAUAUAGAGAAGUUACUAAACUCAGAUAUUUGUUGUUUAUUUCUUUUUGAGGUAUGGAGUAAAUAUUGCUUAUAUUGGUUAUGGAGAAUAAGUUUGCUCCUUGAGGAACUUCCUGUAACAAUGCUUGAGUAUUAAUUAUUUUAUCACCUCAUCUGGCAUAGGUCUCUGUAGUAACCAUUAGCUCAAAUGGAGGGGUUCAUCAGGCAAUUCUCAAAUAAAGAGUGACUUCUCCAUCAGUUAAAAUGGAGUCCACUGAAAUCUUUCUCUUGAUUUUUCCCCUUCAAACAUCUCGUGAAUUGGGUUUUCAUUGUUAUGGAGUAAAUUUCCCUGCAUUAGAGCCAACUGCAUAGUUCCAUAAGAAACAGAAAUUACUUUUUUGAUACAUUUUUACUUGACUGACCAAAAAUAUACCCAAAACGUUGAUGAAAACGUAGACUCAACAAAAGAUUUAGUGUAGACUGAUGAAAACUCGGUGACAAACAAUAACAAACGAAACUUUCUGUAGAUAUUAGCAUCAUUAAAGGGCGUUUUAGUUUGAACUAAAGUAGGUGAAAAAUGCACAAAGAUGUAAACAUUCAAUGAAGAGCAUACUGAUGAGGACAUUAGAUGAAAAUGAGGCGGACGAAAAUAUUUUAAUUUCGUUUUAUUUGAGAAGAAACCGCCGAGAAACUCUUGAAGACGCAAUUAAUGUGGAUGGUACCUCGGUUAUGAAAGAUCAGAACUAAAGUAAAAUUUUAAUGUGGUCCAUGUCUCUUUUAGCUCUGGGUGAAACCUGGUCUUACCCGGCCUCAAGAGAGUAUAAUCUCUUGUCAGCUUACUUGACCUUACUUUCGUUUCUUUGUUGAAAUCAAGAAAUACUAUCGCACUUCUACUUCCACUUUCCCUUUCCCUUUACUUAAUAGAAAAGGAACGCGACCUUCCAUUUCGGGUCAACCCCAACUUCGUUGUUCCGCUUUACUGAGACCUUAAAAAAUUUUAACUGAGUAGUAUCGCAUUUCCACUUGCUUUUUCAUUUUUUUUUUUUACAUAAUCAUACGAACGGAAUGCGGCCUUCCAUUCCACUUUCCCUUUCAGUUUUAUCGACCUAAUACAAAAGGAAUGCGACCUUCCAUUCCGGAUCAACCUUAGCUUCGUUGUUCCGCUUUUCUGAGACCUUAAAAAAUUUUGACUGAAAGGCCCUCAAAGUGUGGCAUUCUCUCUUUAUGGUCGGCGUCAGGCACAUAAGACGGGAGGGGAGGGGAGGGGGAAAGAACACCUCUUAAUCAAAAUCACGACAAAUGUCUUACAUUCACGCCCCAUGGGGGUGGAGCUGGGAUCGCUUUUUGCGACUUAUCUUCCUGUUGUGAGUUUGACCUCUGCUAUGCUUGAAUAAAUUUCUUGAUCACGCUUCUUUUGAAACUUUAAACUGAAAUAGAGGAAACAGCCGAAUUCUUUUUUUAUAGGAAACAACGGGUUGAUAAGAGCAGGUUAAGGUAAGAAGUAUAUUUUUAACAGCAUGACUGAUGAUAGAAACUCGCUCCUUUAUUUACAAACUAUUGAACAACAGGUUGAUGAAUGCAGGUUAAGAUAAGAAGUAUAUUUUUAAAAGGAUGACUGAUCAUAGAAACUCGCUUCUUUAUUUAUAAACUAUUGAACAUCAGCUAAAAAUCUUGUACCCCGUUGUGGGCAAGACUUGUUUCCCUCGUUCUGACAUGGUUUGCGCGUUCUCAACUGCUUCUGUGAUUGGCUUGUCGGGUUUAUUGCGACUGUAAUGAGUGAUCAGCUGCUGUGACGAUCGUGGUAUAAUCAGCUGUUAUCUGACGCAACUGUUGGAUUUGCGUCAAAUUCGAAACUGCUAUGUAACAGCUUCUACUGAUUGAAGGUGAGAGGUGAAAAUUUACCAAAUGAAAAAUUAAGUUCUCUUCUUUUUCACUUGGCCUCAUUCUCUAGGCAUUUAAAGCUGAAUUUUUUAGAAAACCGCAACAAUUGGAAAAUUUAAGGGAAAAAGAACUAACAAUAACAAAUGAAUUUCAGCCAGUAGAGUACUCUUUAAAAAAAAUAGUAGUAAUCACAGAGAGAAAACACCAGCACUGACUUGGCAAGGACAGAAGGAGCGUUUUCGUUUUAAAAGCUUCGUUUUGGAUUUGCCGUAAUUGGAGAAAUAGACCGUAAUUUAAGCUGAUUUCUACUAAAGGUCUCUGACUUGAAAUCCCGUUUUGUUGUUCAACUCAUUUUCUCUGUAUAUUUACUUCCACUGAUCAUCCCCGUCUAUAAUUAAAGAAAAAGUUCCCUCGCGCUCUCGAACUUUUGAUCGUGCUUUCGAGUUAGAGUUGCUCUUGAAUUAAUACGUUAUGGCCUGUUUAUUGUGGGAAUAAGUCAGCUAAAUGGGAAUUUCCGAGAUUACCAUGUCACGAAGGUCAGUGACUAUCAAUGAUCUGGUUUCCAUUGCAAGUACAACAAGUCCUUUUGUAAAUAUCCCGAAAGAAAACGCGACAAUCUUAAGCUGUCCUUUUUCCCAGCUACACCGAGAUAUAUUCGAUAUGAUUUCGAUAAAAAUAUACGCAGUCAUCGAUGAUUCACAUCACUUACAUCGGUUAUCAAAUGAACAGGUUUGAACAUCCGAUUCCGUCACAGGUCUAUAAGUGACUAAGUAUUAUUUACUUAGAGUUUCUUAUCAAAAAUUCCAUGAAGUCAUGAUAUUUACAUUGCAGCUAUUUUUGUCAGUUGUGUUCUGGCGUGGAAGUGUUAAACUGAUAAGAUCGCUAUUACUCGAUGAAACAUGGCUCUUAAUUUAGGGUUGAUGUUCUGUUCUCUUAAAUAAUGUCUCUUUACCGUUGACAGGCGUAAUAAGUGAAGUCAGAUUCCUGAGGAGUUCUUGAAUUUACGCGGUGCGAGCGAGGCGGGCUUACGGAUAAUUAAUUUUCAAUAGAAAUUAAUUUCUUGCAAAAAAAAAAAAAGAAAAAAAAAAAAGAAGACAAGAAAAAGACCCUCUGGCUUAAUCCGGGCAGAAAAAUUGUAUUUGUACUUUCUACUUGAUGACUGACAGGAACUGCUGAGGAAUGGUAUGGUCGGGAAACGGGAAGUUUCAAGGCAACAGCAAAAGUUAUUUUCAAGCAAGUUUGGUCCCCUGAUUUUAAAAGUUAAUAAUUUUCGACGUUCAUAACCUGUUCUUUUUUUUAAGUUGUAGCUGCUGAAGUUCAUUACACAGUAUCAACUAAGUUUUCAAUAUUUUUUGAACAGAUAAUUAACAUUUUGCACUCUCAGAGUAUCGCUUAGUCUUUUUCCUGAAAUGUGUAAGUAAUAUUCAUAAAAAUAUCGUUUAUUUGCCCCUGUCUAAAAGGAUCGUGACUCGCUUCUGACUCGCUUUAGACCCUCGGGUAAAUUGAGUAGUUCCGUCAAUCAUAUGACGUCAUUCUUUAAUUUUUUUUUUUUUUCAAUUUAUGCAUUUUUCUUUUGACCGAUUGCGAAAAAAAAUUAUGAAAACGUUGAAUCGUGUAACCUUUCUUCUUAGUAUUUUGUAAUUGUCAGUUCUAUAUUAUCAUUUACUCAUACAUUGUGGUUCAAAUAAAGUGAAGAUAUUCAUGUUGUCGGUUGUGCGUCUAUAUUGAAAGUUGCCGCUUGAACGAAGUGAUAUUUUUUUGUUUACUGUUUGAUUAUCGAGAAGCGGAUCAAGAUUACUACUUUAAGAUUUUCCUCUAUCAAAAGUGUUAGUGUAAGAAGAGACAAGCGUGAAAAAAUCGAAGUUGUAACAAUUAAUUUGUAUGCGCUAAAAACCUGCUAUGACGUUGGCGCGUUCGGCUGUCUAAUGCAUUACUUCCGCAAAGUUUUUUUGAUUGGCCCGCGGGGAGGAAAAAACGUGCUAUUGGCCGACAAGCUGAAUAUAAAUUGAGCGGAUUUGCAUUAUAGUACAAAACAGUUUGCCAAGUCACUUUGACGUUCCUCCCGGCAGCGGAAAACAAUUGAACGUUCAUGCAAAUUCGGUUCAGUUCGUUUACGCAAAACAUUACGUCUGUUCUUCUCUUGUCAUGUGCGAGGUCUUAUUGAUGCGUGAAAAUUAUGGCGGUCGGCUGGCAUUGAAGCAAAUGAAGAUCCCACCAGAAAUCGUUUACUCUUUGGAUAUGAAUGGAUAUGAAAUUGGUGAAGGAAAUUUUCACGGUGAUAAAGAUGUGAAUGGAGAGGAUUGUGACGGAUUUGAGCGGGAUUUCCAUUGUAAUGCGUCAGACGAAGAUGGAGAGAUUUUCGCCGGAGACGAUGACGGAGCGGAUGAUGUCUAUCGGCAGUUAGCGCAAAAGGAAAAGGACCUUCUCUUGGCUGCAGAGCUUGGGAAAGCUUUGUUGGAGAAGAACGAAGAGCUCAGCCAGAAGUAUGAAUCAUUACAGGAGGAAUAUUCUCAAGCAGUCGAAGUACGUUUUUGUUGUUUUUUUGUUGCUAGAUCCGCUUUUAGUUUUACACGCGCGAAUGAAUUUGUUGAGAGCAGGUUGCGGUAAGUUCGCGUUCGAUUUUUGUCAUCACGGAAUUUUAACCUCUGAGUUUUUUUCUUAGGCACUGGAACAAGAUAAAUACGAGCUUAAACUCAAAGUGGAACGUUUGCAAAACGGGAGCGAUUCGAGAGUUCAUGAACUACAAGCAGAUUUGAGAACGCUGCGAAAUGAAUUGAAAACACUCCAGUCCGACACGAACAACGACAAACAAAACAAGAGAGAAACGUUCGCUGGUCUCACGGAAGAGAAUGAACAACUUCAUCUGGAUCUACAAAAGGUGAGUAUUUCCUUGUUUUUUACGUGACGAGAUUUUUUUUUCUUCGGCUGAAAGAGAGUUGGAGGUGAACUGAUUGCCUUAUUAGUUAUGUUUAUUUUUAAUUUUGAAACAGGAAUGCAUCCAAGAUUAGAAUUUCCAUAAUGAAUUGAAACUUGUAUGAAAUUUAGUUCCGAAAUCCAUGUACAUAACAAAUGUUUUAUUUUAUACCGGAAAUUUCACGUUUUAAACUACUUUUAGCCCACUGAAACCCGAUCAGCUUAGGUAAUCCGAGAAGGAAUCAGUCCACAGGGAAGUGGUAAUGGCUGAAGCGUUAACUGAAUAACGUGUUUCAAACAAGACGAGCUAUGUGCACGUAAAAGAUAGCUCCGAUCGCAUUUGAUUGUCCAGACAAUUUAAAAUGCCUUUAAAAUAUUUUUAGGACUAAAUUGUUUUCGGUUUCGGUGGAGUACAUCGUGAAAUUUCUGGGAAAGUUUUCGUUACGGGCUAAAUUAUUUUGGACAUUUAACUGUCAGCAAAUCCUAUUUGCACCUUGUCGAAAUCGCUUACACUAUCUUACACGCUAGUGAUGUCUGACUGAGACUAUGAGACGGAGUCAUUUCGCUUCAUGUCAACGCUGAUUUGACGCUGAGAGGUUUCAUUGACACCUUCAGCGAAAAAUUCGUGGUAACUACAAUAUAGCCGCUUAUUCGCCAUGCCUUUAGCUGGUGGAAGCAACCUUGCUGUUACGUUUGAUCGUUGAUGUCACGGGGAACAUUUCCUCAUCGACAUUAUAGAGUGAACGAAAAAACAGGGCUACGUGUCUUUUCGACGUUACAAUCAAGCUAAUGGCAAAAAAACUUAGGGAACAAUUACUGAAGCGAGGUCUUCAGCGUGUCAGUCAAAUGUGUUAUUGCGAAUCACAAUGGAAAUGACAUCUAAGGAAUGGAAGUGGUACUUCAACUAACAGGCGGGAAUUCACGAAAAUUCACUCCGCUAAAUUAUCUAGGUGUGAAUGUCUGCACAAGCGCAUGAAUUAUACACGGAGCUUGUACCAAAACAGAUCUUUUGUACUAUGCUUUAUUUAGUUUGAAGUGAUCGACCAUCGAUAUAUUCUUAGUUUUGUGGUAAAGAAAACUGAAUAUUGGCUUCAGAAUGGAAGGUUCGUGAGCCAAUACGUGUUUUUCUAAUAUAGUCGGGUUUUCUAAAAAACAGCCGAUCUUUCAUUGCGAAAUCUCUCUGCUUGCCGUUGUCAACAAAGAAAAUUGAAUAAGUCUAUUUCAUAAACAAAAGAUGUGUAUACUGCUGAGAGACUUUUAUAAACCAUGUGCCUAAAGAUCUUUUAUUGUAAUGCUUCACAAUACUGUCUCCCUGUAGGUAAGUACUUGACUAGCCUUAGGUCAAUACGCUUCAAAACUGUUGUCGGAAAGUGUACAAAUAUUUGUUUUUUUCCGCUGUGUAAUGACCAAGAAUAGACUUUCUAGUCAUUUCAUUUUAUAACCCAGAUUGAAAAACUGCGAGAGAAAAAUGCAAAUUUUAUUAAAUGGACAGAAUUUGGGAUAAAUGCAAAUUAAGUUUUUUUUCAAAAUUAAGCGACUAUCAAAGAAAAAUUGACCACGGGGUGCCCUUGUGUUUUGUAAGUUUAGGCUAAAUAGGUCACGCAAGAAAAAUUUCAAUAACUUGGACAAAGAUUUCUAGAAAAUGUACAUCAAAGCAAUGGAACUUUCCAUGAAUUAUUUUAAAAUUGUUGUCAUUAUUUCAGUCGCCGGGAGAAAUGAUAUUGACCUGAUUGUUUUCUAGAAUGAGUUGCAUAACGAUGGCAAUAAAUUGAAGGUUUCAGCUGCCUUGAAUGUAGACUGAGUUACAAAGUACUUUGAAUUUCUUGAAGUUAUUAAAUACCUGGGUGCCAUGGGCCAAAUGAGUAUUUUUAUCAACUUACAUCAGGUUGUAAUUCUAACUAUACUGUUUCAGUCUGAACAGCCUCCGCAAUCAUGAUGUAGAUAAUUUUGAUAUUUUGUCACCAAAUAAACCGCCUGACAUAUUUUAAUGACAACAUGUUGCCUCUGUGGUUUUAAGGCAUUUUGAAUGACACAGGUUGACAGAAUUUUAAGGAAAAAACUAUUACACAAAUAAAUUGCAUUGGGAUAAUUAAUGCUUACAAUUUUGCCAUAUUCUCAGAAAGUUAAGGUAAAAAUAGUUCCAAAAAGAUAUGACAAAGUGAUAAAGAAGAGCUGAUAUAAUAUCUCUAAAUAACAAGUGUUUGUGGGUUCUCCUUGUCUUUGCUGUUUUACUCAACUCUGGAUUGGAGAAUAUCUUGGUUAGGGCUAACUGUAAGGUUACAUUCUAUAUCAGGUUUCAACCUAAUACAAUUUUUUGACGUGAAGAGGCGAACGAGAGUACUCAACUUCAUUAUGUAAUGAUCUGUCUCUUCAGGAAAUGGGUUUCUGAGCUAUUUAUGCUGAACCUAAUGAUGUCUCUAUCUCAAGGUCAAUGGGAAGAAAACUUAGUCAUCUCUCCAUUUUUUUCGGUUGCACAGAAAAUGAGACAGUUUUGGGUUUCUAUUCAUUGUAAUUGAAACUUCAGUUUGUUCAAUAUUUUGUUGAGAUAAUUGUUUGAACAGAAUAGCAAGUUGGAAUUACUCAACGCAAUUCAAGCAACCAAUAGUCUGAUUAUCACACCUUGUUUAUCUUUGAUGACCAAGUUAGUGAGCAAGUUCCAAGUCAGACUGUAGUCAAUAUGUCAGUCUUUGCUUCUGUUUUCUGCAUCACAUGGUCAUAGAGGAGUGGAUAUCAAGAGAAGUGCCAGCUUAUCUGGCAUCAAAGUCCAACUCCAGUGAAUCAGAAAGCAUUAAUUUCUCACGUAUCCUCAGUACCUUAUCCUAGUCCCAAAAAAAAUGAGUCUGAAGUGUCACAUGGUGAAUGAAUUCAGUCAUAUCCUUUUAAUCUCAUAACCUGCUUUAUUUUUAGCCUCCAAGCUGACCCAGGUGUGAGAUCAUUUAAAAUUUUAAUCCUUCACAGCUGUCCUCUGAAGUGUAUAGAAAGGGAUUUAAAGUUGUUUGUUCAGCGAAGCGUUAAUCAUCCCUCAGCUUUGGGCAUUAUUCUAUUGAUCAAAUUUGAAAUUCACAAUUUUGGUGAUACAGUGUUUAGUAAUAAUUAUGAUAUUUUUUAGGAUAGAAAAAUCCAAUUCACGUAGCUACCAGUCGAAGAUGUUCUAAAAUAACUACCCUAACUUACUUUCUCUGUCAUUUAAUCAGUGCAAGAAAUCAGCAGAGAGAAAUUUGAUGUAAAAUUUCACUUGUGAUGCAAAUCAUUUAAUACCUGCUUUCUACUAGAGUAAAUAUUUUUUAUCAGGAAAACUUAUAACAUUUUAAAGGCAAAUGAUUGUAUUUUUGCCACAAUCUGUAUGACAUACCAGAAAAUGUACAGUUAUAAUAGCAUACUGAUCAAACUUUGGCCCACUUUAAGCUUUCUCAAUUGUCCCUCUUUCAGUAGAUCAUGACAGAUAAGUUUUACAAGUGCGGAGAGAAACAUUACUGAUAUAUGAAUGGAAACAAAACAAGGAGCACUAUUUGUGUCAAAUAUAAAUGAUGCAGACCACAGGAUAUUCAAAUUCAAAAUGAGGCAACUUUUGUCUCUUGAAAAAUUUUCUUAAAAUCUGCAUCCACCUUUCUCGAAGAUGUUCAAAACAUGUGAUGUACUAGUAAGCUUGCCAAAGGGAAUUAUUUGUAUUUACCUCAAAAACCACUCAUUAAAUCAUUGAAUAUUUAUGGAUGUAAAACCAUGUUCCCAUUUGUAGUUUAUGAAGGUAAAUUAGUACUUCCUAAGAAUUAUGAUGUCAGCUUUGAAAAAUUAAAUUCAGAAAAUCAAGAAAUCUAUUUGCGUAGUUAAGGUUUUGUUUAAAGAUGUGUUAUUUUGAAGAAAAAAAAGUGUCUUCAACAGUGUUAAAUCAUUCAUGAGAAUCAUUGGGGAAGUUGUAGUCAUUAACGAAGUAGGCAUGUUGGUGGGAGUUAAGAGUUGAAGGAAGGUAUCAGGCACAGAUGACACAGAUGACAAAGAAACAAAAAACUGAGUUGUGCUUAACUAAAAUAUCUUGGUGACAAAUAUAUUUAUAUGUAAGAAAAACAGUGAAUCAAGCCCCUUGAACUAAAUUUCAUUUGAAUCUCGGCUAGGUUUUGUGGUUUGGCUUUUACUUUGUUAAUGGCAGGUUAUCUUAUUGACAAUUUCACAUCUUAACAUCACAUAAACUUCAUAGAGGAGAUAUUGGUACCUAAAAGCUACCAAAAAAUUGACAAUUUCACAUCUUAAAACCACAUAAACUUCAUAGAGGAUAUAUUGGUACCUAAAAGUUACCCAAAAAAUUUUGAAUGAGCAAUAUUAAUGUCAAAUUUUUAAUUAGCUAUGUUAAAACUAAGCUGACAAAGGUGAAAAUUGAUUUCUCCUGCCAAAUUUUUUGGUAAUGCACUUUGUGGUUACAACCUUUUGUCUUCAGAUUUCUGGUUUUGUAUUUUGUGGCUUCAUUUUUUUGUUUUCAGAUUUCACAAUGUUGGCUACUUUAUAACCCAAAAUAUUUACAAACAAAAGGAAUAUUAUCAUCCACAUCCAAAUGGAUGUGGCUGAUGAUGAUAAAAAAGCCUCCAAUUUCAAUUUUUGUUGACUCUACUACUACAUAACUUUAGAUUGAAAAUUUUACAACUAUUGUACAGCUUCAUAUUAAUAUUUAUUAUUUUCAGGCAAAGGGGGAGAAUGAACAGCUUCGAAGAGAUGUUGUCCUUCUCAGAAAACAAGUCAGCAGAAAAAUAAGCUUUGAUGAUGAUCAGGAAGACGAAAUUGGUGAACUCUGGGAGAAGGUAGCUGAUGUUUUUUACAGUUCUCUUACCAGAUAGAACCUCUUUACCCCUUUGAACCCAAAGAGUAACCAGCAUCUCUUUUAUCCUUAUGAUAUUUACCCCCGAACCACACAUUAAGGUCAUGAGAAUAAAGGAAAUGAUCACCAGUUAAAGAAGCUAUUGAUUAUUCAACAAAUUCUCCUUGUCAGCACCAUAGAAAAUGUAUGGAGAACAGUAUGGAGAAUAUGUGUAUUGUUGGGUGAUUUUAAGACUUUAGUAUAGUUGACCUUAGGUGGUUUUGUGAGGCAGUAGUACAAUAAAUUUAUGAUUUACUCAGUGCACCAGCAAUGAAGGGAUGAGUGUUUAAUAACAUUUUGUAAUUCCUUUGUUCUCUACAGCUCACCAGGCUAGAGGAGGAGAAUGCAAGCCUAACAAAAACCAUGGCUGAUCUUGAAGCAAGUAAAGAAAAUCUCACCAAAGAAGUGGAGGAGGUGACAGCAAGGAAUCUUUCUUUAGAGAAGAAACUGACUUCAAGCAAGAGUCAGGUUAGAAUUAUGUGUGAACUGAGUACAUUUUGCAAAAUAUUGUACAUAAAUAUUCAGCAUAGAAGAUAAUAUAUUGUGAAAUCCUUAUUUUGACACCAAAAGUUAUUCAUGAUUGGUUUAUUUUAUAAUAAAAAGGGAAUUUUUGAGGAAAUUCUUAUAUUUAGAGAAUGUUUUUAAAAAAUUUUUGGAAAGAUAUUUAGGCAAAUUUCUGUGAGGUUUGUGGGUAGGGAGGUUUGUGGUUUAUUCUAUAAUAAAAAGGGAAUUUUUGAGGAAAUUCUUAUAUUUAGAGAAUGUUUUUAAAAAAUUUUUGGAAAGAUAUUUAGGCAAAUUUCUGUGAGGUUUGUGGGUAGGUCAAGGCUUCAGUUGCUUUCUUUGAUGGGAAACGUUCUGCUCUUACUUGCUUGGAAAUAGGAAUUCCGACUCUGUGGGACUUAGUAAGACCUCAAGGGAGACCCGUGUGGGUGUAUCGUGACAACCGGAAGUUUUGUCUAUAUUCUGAAUUUAUUUAUUUUUACUCUUCUCAGCUUGCAAAUUGCGAAGAAGAACUCAAUGAGUCCAAAGACCUCAAUGCAUUCCUUCAGGAGCAGAUUGAGGAAAUUAAGAUGCAGGUAAUACAAAUAUUUCUACUGAAAAAACUUCAUUGUGGGAGGUGGGAAUAGGGUAUACGCUCUCACAGCUGGAGAGGGAAUGCAAAGCGGAGUAAAAAUUUUCCAUCCAUUACCAAUGGUAUUUUGAAUAAAGGUAAAGUUUAUCCAGAUGGACAGAGCCCAGUCGUCUGAGUGCAGGCUGUGCAAUUUGUCCUCACAGGAAGAAUGUUGCGUGGCGGGCACGGGCAUUUCGUGAAUCAGAGAGAUUUUUCAAUUAUCAUUAGUAUUUUUUUAUCCUCAACUUCUUCUUUCUGACUCUUAUCCACAGGCAUCAGUGGAUCAUUUGUCCAGGACGUCGCUAUUUUCCGAGCUUUCCGAUCUGUCCGUGACAGAUAUAGAUGACGGUGAUCACCACAAAGUUGUUGAAGCGACCGGGCCAAGAACGGUGAGUUAGGACCCAAAGCCCAGUCCCCUCAGUAGCAGUUGUCUAUCGGGUCGUCACACAACGCUUUCAUGAUAACCUUUGUCACGUUAUCACUUCUCUUGUCUGUUGUGUCACCUAAGGGGAUUGCGCUCUAUGAAACGCUGUUGAAGUUCAUAAUCAACUGUUGAAUGGUCUCGUCACACAACGGAGAGAGUGAGCGUGUUGCAUGACCAGAUCAAACAAGGUCCUCGCGGGAAGCCAAACCGGAUACUGCCGACACCAUAGAGAUUUCUUCCCCGACCCACCCCACCACACCACACCACACCACACCACACCCCACCCCUCAACCGACUUACCAGGUCAUCUGCGCAUUAAGAACUUCCGGAUAAAAUGUCACGCAAGCUCUGCAAAAUUAUUAAUUAGACAAAAAUGUGCUAAGCGGUUCAAGCGUGAUUCACGUGAUUCGUGAUUCGACGAGCGAGAAAGCUUGAAGUUUUCGUCUGAUAUCGAUAUUCUUUUCUUAGAUGGGAACCGGGCCAAGACCCGUUUCCAGUCUUCAUGGUAUUCCGAAGCCGUUACAAGCGUCUUCGUCAGUAGGCCUGGGACAGAGCUCUAAGAAGCGCCAUCGGCCAUACAGCAGUGUCAGCAAUAGUGAGUCAGAUGAUAGUGAUCUGGAAUAUGAUGAGGAGGAAAUCGAGGGUGACGUAGUGACAAGAAAUAGAGACUUUUAUGCUCAGCUCGAAGAAGAAGAGAAAGCCAACUCUCAGGUAACACUUAUGUGAGGAUCGAGAUGUUAAGUAUCCCCUCUGAUUUGCGUUCAUUGCCUUGAAAAGUCGUUGUGAGAAUUAAUUAUUACUCACAUGUGGUGGAAUUUUGCGAAACAAAGAAAGAAGGAUUCGUUAGCUCCUCUUUUUAUGAUUUGUCAUUAGUUACUUGUGUCAUUAACGUUUCUGUUCUCAUUUUCCUUUUCAGCUAAAAAGGGAGAUUUGCGAAGCGCACGAGGAAUUGCGAGCCCUCUACGAAGAGCUCCGAAGUUCCCACGAGAGCUUGGAUACGAUUGAGGUGGAUGGUUUGGAGCCAAAUUCAGGUUUUAAACCUGGUUGCCUCACGACUUUUGUGAAGAGUUUUAGAGAGGUUUUAGAAGAAAUGGUCAGCGAUAACAGUACGAAAACUACGGUAAGCCCCUUUUUUCGGUAAGGGUUUGUGGACCUGUCUAGCAGAAGGCACAAAUUCAAAAGUAUGGCCGGAUAGGGAGCAGGACUGGCACUAGCUGCAGUGGUUACAAAAUCGUUCUAUUUAUGAAGGUAGAACUAAAGCCGUUAUCAGGGCAGGUGAAUUAUGUUGGGAAAAAUUCAAGCUUGAUCAUAAGUGCAUAAUUCUCUAGUUCAAGGCAUUAAUCAGGAGUUCUUUAAGUUCAAAGUCGAUGUCUUAUAAUUUCUUAAUACUUUUUUAGGAUUUCAGACAACAGCUAUGUAAAGCCCAUGAAAGCAUCAACAGCCUGGAACAAGAUCUCGAGGUGGCGAAAUCAGAAUUGAAGAAGAGAGAAGAAGAAAUUGCUAGCUUGAAGGAGACAUUGAAUGAAAAAGACCAGGAAAUUGCUAAUGUUAAAGAACAACGGAACAAAUUAGCCAGGGGGGAAUGCGAAGAACAGUUGGCGCAUGAUAUCAUAUAUAACGAAGCUGUUCUAGAGAAGAUAAACGCAGAGGAAAGGUAAAACUUCCAUCUGAACGUUGUUACAUCCUAGCGCCAAGUUAUUGUCUUCUUCUUCGUAACAACAAAGCUAUUUGUGUUCGGUGUCUUAAAACCAAAACCAGAGAAGUCACAAUGGCCUAUCGGAACAAGGGUCAACAUAACAAGAAGCCAAUAAGAUCUCGAGUAAUAAACACGUGACCAACUCACGAUUGGCUUUAGCCGAUUGGUUGAGAGGGUGUGGCGCGAGUUUUCCAGACAGAUCACAGAACGUUCGGAAGUUCAGUUGAAAAUUGCUGUACCCAUCGGCGUAAACGAGCCAAUCAGAAGGCGAGACAAGCACGCUCCAGGUGUGCCUGAGAUGGGAAAACAUACAAGCAAUUUUUAGAGCUGGAAAGCAGACUAAAAUAUACAUCCGAUAGGCAUUGCAUGAUGAUGAAACGUAUCUUUAUGGUCUCUUCUUUUCAUACAUAUGAAAAUUAAGACACUUAUGACUUUCUUGUAUCUGCUCUAGGGCGAAGAGACUGGCUUCGGAAUUAAUGCGGUCCAAAGAAGAUCGAGAAGAACUUGACAAACAGCUCAAAGAGGCAAUUGAGCAGAAGAUUAGUCUUUCGAAACAACUUGAAGAAUGGCAGGCAAGUGCAGACGUUUUAUUUUCGUUAAUGUAGACAAAAAGGAAAGAACUUAUGAUACUCCUUGAACUUCAGAAGAUCAAAUAGCCUAGAUUUUUGAUGGAGGACAGUAAAAUGUCUAAAACUGUAUGCACUCAACGUGAGCGACUAAGUGAACGAAAAACAUGUGUAACUGAAAUCAAGCAGUUCGAAGGACGGUUGUCAAAUAUGAAAUUAGAACAUGGCCAGGUCAUCAGAGAGUUUUCUCCAUCGAAAUGAAACAACAACAACGACCUCAAGAAUCUUAAUUUUGUGCUCUCUAGAUUUACAAAAUAAUAUUAACAAUUUAAUAUGAGGGGGAAAGAUAAUGGAGAAAUUUUCAAUUGAGUGGCAAAACUAAUCCGGAAAUUCUGUGGUUUUGCUUUACUUCGUUUUCUGAUUGGUUCAAAAUAUUUGCGCCUGUCUUUUUGACCAAUCGUAUUUAAAACAUAAACCGGUCUCUUCCUGAGCUCGAAUUGUACUUUGCAGUCUCAUUGGUUCGUUCUAACAUUUUCCGUUAUUUGAAUAGAAAUGCGAUAUGAUACUUAUUGGAUAAACCAUGGGCUCCCCACAGAGAGGAAAAUAAUCAAUUGUUCAUCUUCUUUUCCUCAGUUUGACAUGGCAUCACUAAUAGAUGACCAAGUGCAGAGGCAAAUGAAAUCAGCUGCAAAGGAACACGAGGUUAACGCCAGGAGGCGAAGAAUGACGGCUUUUCCCCAACCAAAACGGUGGUAUUGGAACAGUGGCAACAGUAGACGAUCUAGUUUGUUAUGAUGGUACUCCAGAAAGUACUUGAUAACUUAGUUAUAUCAUUACUUUCCUUCGUUGCAGUCGAUCGUACUUCCAAAAGGAGAUUUAACUUAAGAUCGCUAUUCACAUCUUCAAAACGGACUGUCUCGUAGCCUCGUUCCCGCGUGAGUUGCUGAAGGGCUGGACUCUAAGGUGGUUUGCCGGGUGAAGGAGUACGUUAUUGAGACCGUCCGAGAUUUCGUUUCUGAAAUAUGCCCUUUCGUGAUAACGAUCAAUUCCUCUUUAUGGUUUUUUUCUCAGCAACAUUCUAAACAGUUAAUGUAUCAUUUUAAGAUAUGUUCAUUUUUCAUUAAAAUGUGAUGAUAGGAAAUCUGCUAUGUUGCAAGUGAAAAUGGGUUUCCUCCGUGUGGCUUCUACAGAUUGGACAUUACGAGGAUGAAUGACAGGUCAACGAUCCAAUUAGAUUCCUCCCCUUAUUUUGUCUGUGUCAUGUCACUUGUACAGUAGAAUGUGUAAUUUAAUUGACAGAAUGUCAUAAAAGUAAUAGUAAUAUUAUUAAGAUGAUUAAGAUGAAUUGGUAACAUCAUUACGUGGAAUUAAAUUAUAUUCUACGGAAAUUCUACGUUCCCUAUUCAUACACUCAAGAGUAAAUUUUAGAAGUUCAACAUAUUUAUUGGCCAAACGAUCUUGUUCCACGAGUAUACACUCAAAAUGUUUGGCUGUAUAUGCGUGUAGGUUCAUUCACAGAUUUAAUUAAUCUCCAAGAAUCCUACUUAACUUUCGGGGAAUGUAAAUAUCUCUUUGUAGGAGGACACGAAGAUUUUUAAAUCCGGUUUUGGUGUGGUUUCUUUACUAUGGUAAUUUUUGUUGUUGUUUUGUUGCCAAUAAUGAGUGUUUAGUCGAGAUCUCUUCUCCACGGUAGUAACCUUUAGACACGCUGCGUGCAUGAGAUAGACCAGGAAGGUUGGAAACAGAGUAAUUUUAAAGUCUGACCAGAUUCUUGGUAUUAUUUCGUGGGAAGUGCCUGUGGCGUAGGGAUCAAUCGAUUAUUGUCACUUAAUUUUGAAUUUGUUGCAAAA